UUGGUAUUUUUCUGUUGUCGAUUGAUGGUCAUUCGAUGCAGUGUAAUCAUUCUGUUUGAAAAGUAAUUGUUUGGAAUCCAAUAACGAACCCAAGUUAUGGAGGACUUGGUGAAGAUGUGCCGGGUGUGCAUGGGCGAGUCAGACGACCUGUUGGACAUCUACGACAACAAGAGCUUGGGGGACAGGCUGAGCGCCGAUCUUCAGAAAACCAAGGAGCCGGAGCCCACGCCGGCUGAUUUGCUGCAGAACUGCAGUGCAUAUCCGGUGGCAUCCGGGGACGGCUUUCCAUUGAAGGUGUGCGAGCCGUGCCUGGUUAAAUUGCGCGAGGCCCUGAGAUUCAAGAGGCGCUACACAAGGACCGUGGAAUACUUAGCGCGCGUAAAGAAGGAGAAAAGCGACCAGGAGACAUGCGAUCUGCUGGAGGCCGAGGACUGGGAUCUCGUGGAACGCAUCAAGAGCGAGGACGAGGAGGACACCGGGGACGACAUGCAGCCGAAAACGAAGAAACGCAAUGUGGCGGAUAAAGGGCGGCCCUUCAAGUGUCCCGACUGCCCGAGAAGCUUCGCCGGCAAGGCCCAGUUGACCAUGCACAGUCGCACCCACACCAAAGGAUCCACUAGGCCCAAACGGAGAAGUCUUAAAUAGUUUUACGGAUCUUAGGCACAACUACCAAAUAGUUAUUACCGCCACAAAAAACUUUAUAGGGCGUCAU